AAGUGAGAUACAGUAUAAGCCGUUAACUCGGCGUCCAUAACGUUACAGGUGCAGUAUUAAAGCACCGGCUUACAUUGCAAGGACGCUUAUUAAUCAUUACACGAAGACUUUACACAUGAAACAUUUAAUGACUUUAAAUAUGUAACAUUAUAUUGCUUGACGCUUGUAAUACCUCAGCAUUAUUAGCCCAAAUUCCUCAUGUAACAUCGUAUCACUGAAUUACAAAAGUAAUAUGAUAAUUCCUGCACUUUACUAACGCAGUGCCGUUAGGGACUAUUUAUUUCCGGCAGGCUACAUGGAGACAAAUAUCCGGCGACCAUGAGUCCCUGUCAAAGGUGCUUUAAGACGGGUCUGAAUGAACGCGUGUGGUACAUGUACCUGUGGGCGGGCGGGCUGUCCUUCAGGACCAUUGCCAAGAUGACCGGCCGCAGCCCCACUACAGUGCGGAAGUGGGUGCGGCGCCUGCUGAACGACAGCCUCCUGUCCAUCUACGGCGCCGGGGGGAGCUGUCUUGUCCCGCCCCACGCUCUGAUUCUUUAAACGUCUGGGAAAUUUAUUGAAUGCUCUGAUGAAGACGUCGGAACUCGCACCAAUCGGAACAAACUUUAUAACUUCAGAUUCAGGAAGGUGAUUGGCCAAAACUAGUUAACGAGCAGGGCAGCAGAUGAGUGGGAAUAAUUAUACAAUGAUGCUCUUGUGGUCCGUAUUCAAAGCUCAGGCUUGUCUUUAGUAUGACCGCCCCAAGUCAGCUAGUCAGUCGGUUUCUAUCUUUCAUUCGCCAGUCUGUCGGUAUUUAUUGAAGUUUCCCAAUAAAUGUCAGCAACACACAACUGUCGACCUUGACUAAGUCCUUGGUGGUAGUCUGCGUCACGAUUACGACCAGUCGCGACUCAACGAGACCGAUGUCCACAAAGGAAAUACUUCCCUGAGUUCUGUUCAUGAUAAUUGUUUGUCUUUCCUUUGUCUUUCUCUCUUCCUUUGCUAUAUCUGUUAUCAAUACUUUACUGUACAAUACAUUAAUAAAAUAUGCAUUAUACAAUUUGUUUUGUAUCUGUUCCGUGGUAUAUCAUGAAAGGAUUGGAAGCGAGCACCGGGCCGUGACGGCCUCUGUUUGGGUGGCGCUUCUUGCCACGGAUAACUAAGAAUGGCGGAAAGGCAAGGUCACCAUACUGCCUCCUACCUUACUGACCAGUCGGCCACGAGGACGACACCGCACGUGAGGACACAGCCAACUCACAACACCUCACUCAAGAGAGAAGACGGAGGAACACCAACACCGCCGACCACCAGACAAGCCAGCUGCUGCCCAGUCACCGCGGAACACCUGUCGAGUGAUGGACCGCAGAGGGCCCCCUCAUGGUGAACAACACACUCCACGCCCACCACGCCUGGCUCCAGGCCGGGGUUACGCCGUCGUCGGGUUGCCCAUGACCAAGCUAAUGAGGGAUCUGCUGGAAGAAGAUCCGCUCAGCGAAAAGUAUCAAGGAAGCAAAUAAGAGACCACCAUUAAAAACUAGUCCGCGGGGGUAACCAGUCUCUCAUAGCAGCAGCAGCGCAAGCAACAACUCUACCGUGAUGAACGAUGCUCAGCGUAAGUAUCAUUCCUCGGCAUGGCGAUGACCCCCACAGUGGCGGGCGGACGAUUUGAUAGUGUCGCCCCGUGUUAAAAGAGCCAGGCUGUGGAAAGCUUUAAGUGCCCCUAACCUGCUAGCGUUGCAUUUUCUUUCUUUCUCUGCUUUUUUGUUACAUUAUGACUGUAUAGUAAAAAGUGCAGUAUGAUAACAGUUCCCUGACAUAAUCUCUCUUUUGCGCUGUUUUCUUGUCCAUAAGUUGAAGAGUCGACCCGUUGACUGAGAUGCUGGUGGUUUUGGAGAAUUUAGGUGUCUUUUUUUGUUUGUGCUUCGCUUCUGACUUUAUUUACAUCAGUGUAACAUUGACAUCAUUCCCCCGGGCUGAGGGUCGUGAGGGUCACCGUAACGUAACAAUGCCUCUUUUCUUUACUGUGUUCCCGUCGCCAAGGGUCGGUCCGAGGGUCAUCCGGGUCGUGACUGUGGGCGUGUGGGCUGCCGUCGUGUCUCCGGUGAACGCGGCGGGCCAGGAGGCAGCGUGGAGGGCCGUGGUGAGCCGAGGGCUGCCUACUCGCCUUGCUGAUCAUGGCCUGAAGAGAGACUCACCUGCCCUUGUUGCUGAUGGCUUGGUGGUCGGGGCGAGGCAGCUGAUGGAACACUACUUUGUGGGUUGUAAUCUGCUGCUGGCAGGCCCCGGCACCUCCAGGAGUGUGGCCUUACUGGAGAGGUGAGUAAAGGGCGUUGUGUGAUGGAACUCUUUGAUGAUGCAGAUAACAAGAAAAAGAAAAUGGGCCAAUUAUAUGAAUAACACACAUACUGUAAUUGAAAUUCUGUUGUUUAUAAUAUUUCAGCAUAAUGAAAGACACUCUAGUGGUGCUGAUGGACUUGGAGAGCCUCAACUCGGACUCCCGUGUCCUGCACGUGCAAGACGUACACGAGUCGCGCGGGAAGAUAAAGACGCCGCAGCUGGCGGACGUGUGGAGCAAGACCAAACCCUCGUGUCGCGUGCUGCUGCUGGACAACACUAACGGCAGGAUCGCCCUCAUCGCCAGGUUCCUGUCGUGGUCCAAGCUCUGGCUGCAGCCCGAGACGCGGGUGGUGGCGGUCGGCAGCGAGAAAGGCUUGGACGCGCUCCUCAUGCACGCUGCGCUCCGCAACACUCGCCUCGCCCUCUACCUUGCGCCGGUGACCACAUCACUGGGUAACCAAAGAUUAUGAGAUGGGGAUGUUGUGGAUCUUUUUGCCGACAGUAUGUGUGUGUGUGUGUGUGUGUGUGUGUGUGUGUGUGUUAAUGAAUAGACAGAUAGAUAUAAAUAUAUGGGUUCUUUUCUUGAGGGCACGGACGCAGGUUUCAGUCAAAGCUGGCACAGUCGAACUGAAUAGCAAAGCCACCUUUUCCUGUACAGACAGGCCAGAACGAGUCCAGGUGUUCCGUCGCUGCCACUACUGCGACGCGGGGCAGGCUGGGGUGCGGCGACUCUACCGCUGGUACCUGGCUGACGGGCUGCCCAGGAACACUGACUUCCUCCGCGAAGGUACUGCUGAACACCCAUCGACCCGUCCCUCCCUUCUCUCUUAGUCUAGCUCAGCCUCACUAGUAUAGCGUGUCGGGAUCCUUACUCACAAAGAAAUCGUCUCUGCUGCAUGCCAUGGCUGUAGUACUUCUAUAAAAGUGAGUCAUUCAUAGUAUUGCCUGACGGGCAUACUUUGAGGUAAACAAAUUCAAUCAUGACAUGACCUGUCCAUAUAUAAGAAAUGGACUUGGGCAGGUCAUGGCGUGCAUAGAAGGGGCAACACAUAGACCAUCAAGGUAUGUAUAUAUGUAUGUAUAUAUGUAGGUAGGUAAGUGUAGUAACCUUUUCAUCUCUAGGCCGCUUUGAAGACUUCCAAGGGCACCAGUUCCGGCUUGUCACGAUGAAGUACUUUCCCUACAUCGACUACGAGCGAGUACGCGACGCGCCGGGGACUGUGGUGCUGCUGACCGACUCCCUCAACACCCGCAUGAUGGCCGCGCUGGCACCGCAUUUAAACUUUACGUGAGACCUCUUCUUCUCAUUUUGUUCUUGUUCUUGUUUUUUGUUUGUUUUUUGCCCUUC